AAGAGUCAAGUUAUCUCCCUGACCUGUACUGUUCGUCACUUCCACGUAUCGUUCAUUUAUUCACCUCCUAAUUUUUAUACUCCUCCAUUUCCCGUUCCACGCGUUUGUAUGAAGACCGCUGUAAGAUGAACCUGAGUCAGUUUAUGCUCUGAAUGUUAUUUACAAAUUCCUCCAUAGAAGGAGCGCACUUAUUUUUCCCUAGUGGGCGAUGUUGAGAAGACCGUCUGUAUCUACCAAGCGUGCAAUUGCAGACCAAUCAAUUUUACACGGUCCUUCAAAUCAUCUGUUCGGUCAUCGUUUCUGAUCCAGCGUUUUAUUUCAACGGUAUGUUUUUUGUUAAACAGAGCAGUCGGGGAUUGUGUAAAGAUCUAUUUCCAGGCCGAAGCGAGGACGGUGUGUUAGACAGAAAGCCGAUCUGCUUUAGCUUAUACCGAAUCGGCUGAAUCUCUCGGUUGAGAGCCACAUACAAGGCCUGGGGUUUUACCGACCAUUCUCAGUUGACUCAAGGUGAGGAUGACAUCAUGGUUCCCGAGUGAGAUCGAGCGAGCAGUGUGUCCUGGAUGUUUGGUGGCCAGUGCUUCAGUUUUAUCUAGUGCACAUCAGCAUCUUUCCUUCAUUUCCUACUCUUCCUUCCUUCUCUAAUUUGCCAUGCCAUGGUUUCGUUAAAUCUUAAACAACAACGUUGUCCCAGCAUCAACAACAACCACUGGACGGCAAACUGUCUCUACUUCAUCGCCAGAGCCCCGAAACCAGCCGGCCCACAGAUGGAUUGAUGCCUGAGAGCAGUUACUGGCAGCUCUGCCCUCCUUCGAAGGCCAGCCUGCAGGGGGUGCUCAGCUCCAGCUUCCCCCCCGGCCCCGUGCCCCUGGGUCCUCCAGAAAGCCACCUGCCGGAGGGGGAUGCCCUGAACCGUCCGCUCGCCCCUAGCACCUCUGUGACGGACCUGUCUUUUCCCGGGCCUCCCCCUCCCCCCCCGCCACCCCCCAAACGCCACUGUCGUUCGCUGUCUGUACCAGAGGACCUUUCACGCUGCCGGUACACCUGGCGGCCAAGCGCCUCCAAGGUCUGGACACCAGUGAACCGCCGAUGCCACAGUGGAGGGGGUGCGGGGGGGCCGUGUCCACUGCGUGCCCCCAGCUCCUCGCUCAACUCCUCGCUGCAUUCUUCUUCCAGCCCCACCUUUUUCAGUCUGGCCCUUUCCCCAGAUUCCCCGCUGCCGUGGACUUUCCCCUGGGACCCAAAUGACAGUGCCGGAGGCGGUGCCUGCUGCUGCUUCUUCCCCUCGCCUUCCUCAUGCUCCUCCUCUCCCUCGCCGCUCCACCCACCGCCUCCUCCGCAGAGGCGCUUCUCCCUCUCUCCUGUGCUCAUCCGCGAAGCUGCUGCCCAGUUUUUGCCGCCACCUCCGGUGCCCCCACAAAUCACGUCUCACCCGCCGGCGGUGCCGCCCUCGCCCUCGUCCGCCUGCAGCACUCCGUCUUCGGUGCGCCGUGCUCUUCCUCCUCAACUUCCACGGUGCCAUUCUCAGCCCUGCGACCUGCUCCUGUUCAAACCUGGCCUAAAGCGCCGCAGGGACCCGGACAGACCAUUCGCACGGCCUGUGCUAGAUUUUACCAAAAUGACACAGACUCGAAGCACAGACCCUCUCAGUUACAUGGAACGUGGCAGACUGGCCUGUGGCGGGGACGUCUGUAUGGGCCUUGAGCCUUUUUUUGGAGACUUCAGAGGCUCAUGUUCACCUGCUGAAGGCCUGGGUAGGACAAGUAUUGGGCCUUUAAGUGAAAGUGACGAGGAGGAGGAGAGAGAGGAGGAGGACCCCGAAGAGCGUGAUGGGGGACAAACUAGCGUGUUUGAAAGGGAUUGUACUGAACUAGAUAUCAGCCUCAUUGAGGAGAACUGAAAGUUAUCCGGGGAAGAUCUUCUUUCCCCCUCACCUCCACCGCCAGCAUUCAGCUUUCUCUGCAUCACCUGCUACCUUACACUGGCAGGCCUCUCAGGAACCCUGCUGCCCUUGCACGAGGUGCGCAGGCGUAGACACCCAUUAAUGAAGACAUGCCGACUACUAUCUUAUGCAGGCAGUCACAGAAGCUGACCCAUCAACAUUGUACAUUCCGGAAUGAGUUGCUGAGACAUUCUGAAGGAUGCAAAUAUUUCAAAAAGGAGAUUUAUGUGUAUCGGACGUCCUUUUAGAAUUCAUCUUUUAACUGACAGAACGGAACUGGAGGCCAACUGCUUCCCGCUUCUUUCUUUUCUCAUCUUUCCUCUCGACUUGUUUUGAUAGUAAGAAUAGGCUUUCUUGAAAGAUGGUUAUAAAUAUCAGUGUUUUGUUCAGUUGAAAUAUAAAAGGGCAGUAUGACAUAGCAGUAUUUACUCUGCAGACCUUUAUACUUCCUGACAAAGGUCCAUCUAAUUCAACAUAAGCCUUAAGAUGCCUGUUUUUUUUUCUUCCUCUUAAUCAAAAGAUUCCUCAAGGAAAUGAAUUGUGUACUGUAGCUGUUGUUCUGUUUUUAUUUCUGCAGUCUCUCUCUCUCUUUUUUUAUCUGUACAAUGCAUUCCUCUAAAAUUGAAAUGUGUAUACAUUUAUUAAUGCACUGUAUUUGGGACAUUUAGAAAGAAACAAUGAACGCAACCACUGUAUUCUGAAGGCACAUCGUUAUACUGUAUUGUACAGCGAGUAUUUGUUCAAAUAAGUUGUGUAAAGAUGGUAGCUUGAAGGUUGGAGACAGGCUAUUUCUGUCAUUUAGAGAUUUUUUUUUUUAUUGUAUGUGUGAUAAAUUCAGACUCUUUAUGUAAAAAUAAAGUUUAUUUGAAAUUACA